AUGAGCAAGCUUUGUAAAGCAGAAGAAUAUGAAUCAUAUGAGAUCGACGAGCAGAGUGAAGACGAGGAGAGAGCUUCGAGCAGUUCAGAGGAUGAAUUAGACGUGCUUCUAAAUGGAACUCCAGAUCAGAAAAAGAAGUUGAUCAGGGAGUAUCUGACAGGGGAAAGUGAGUCAUCCAGCGGAGAUGAGUUUGAAAAAGAAAUGGAGGCAGAACUAUCCAACACCGUCAAAGCUUUGGAGGGGUCCUGGGGUCCAGCAGCAGACCUGUCUGUUGGACCAAGAAGUCAGGAUGGGGAAGGGACUUCUCAUCUUCCAAAGCCUCAAAUGUAUGAUGAUGUUUACUUUGAUUCUGAUUCUGAAGAGGAGGACACACCAAGCAGCUCCACAGGCCAGAGGAAGAGACAGCGUGUCAUUCUAACCAAUGAUGAGCUUUUUUAUGACCCAGAAGGGGAUGAGAGGGACCAGGCCUGGGUAGAUGCUAUAAGAUAUGGAAGUCACAAACAGUCACGUGCUGCACUCCAGUCACAGCCCCAAGAUUUGCCAAAAAGUGAUGCCAUUCUAAACUGUCCUGCCUGCAUGACGACACUCUGUCUGGAUUGUCAGAGGCAUGAAAAGUACCACACUCAGUAUCGAGCCAUGUUUGUGAUGAACUGCACAAUAAAGAGCGAUGAGGUGCUGCGCUACAAAAAUCAGCGCGAGAUGAAACAAAGGAAUAGGAGAAGUAAAAAGAAGAUGGAGGUACAUGGAAGGAUGGAAACAGAGGAAGUUUACCACCCAGUUCAAUGUUCUGAAUGCUCUACAGAGGUGGCAAUGUUUGAUAAAGAAGAGGUCUACCACUUCUUUAAUAUCCUGGCCAGUCACUGCUGA